AUGGAACAUCUUCAAGCCGCAAGGGAAGACAAGCAUUCGUCAAUAAAGAACAUUUUAAUCGACGACGUAGAGCGUGUUUGGGCCGCCUUUUGUGAACACAUCCUAAAGCAACUUACGGAACAAGUCGGAGUCAAGGUCAAAAAUUUGGGAAUAAUCACUGUCAAAAGCUUGAAUCUUGACGUUGGCAGAAGGAAUUUGAGCAUCACCAAACCAACUUUCAUCUUGGACGAAAAACAAUCCCAGCAUUAUGGCAUCAAAUACGGUCGACCGUUUACGUCUUAUCAAAAGAACCAGCCAGUUAAUUUCGCUGAAAUCGCGUCUGAAGCGAACACAACUCGUGACAUUGCGGAAUUGGUCAUCAACGAGCUAGUAAUGGCUUUUUGGAAGAAGUUCGCAGAAAAACAACGUGCCAAUUUCACCAUCACCGAUGUCCUCACGAUUCAUCUCAAAGACGAUGUCGUGCGAGCAAUUUUCACGGGAAAAGUCGUGGAACUCUUCGAAUUCGCUCCGACAAAGAAAACAGUUCAUUUUCGUCGUGAAUACACGCUCCCAGUCGUCUCGCAGUCAGUAGAGACAGAAUUUCAGCCACAGAUGCCCCAAAAGUCCAAAUCCGACCUCGACGACAAGUGAUCAUUUUGGAUGCCCUCCUCCAAGCCUGUUGUGAGAUACAGUGACUCUAGGUACAGGCUCUCUACAAAAUCAGCAAGUGUUUCUUCUAUGUCCACAACCCGGGAAAAUGCGGCAGAAGUAGAAAUUGAGCGACCUGCUGAGCCUCAACCACCUGUUGUCACUGAAGCGCCAAAAGAAAGCCCACCAAAGGAGUUUUCUCCACCACCGGUCGAAGAACCAGCUCCUAUCAAGCGCGUUUCCAUCGCCCAGCCAGUUCUAUCAGAGCGCCCUCAGGUUCUCGAGCGACCGCAGUUUUCCGAAGCUAAGUCAAAAUGGGACUCUUCAAGAUUCGUUCGAUCCCUGGAUUUUCGUUCACGAGAAUAUCCAACUCGAGUCUCUUAUCACAGAAUGGUCGCUCAAAAGCAAAAGGAGCUGUCAAAGCAGUGUCACGAGAAGAAAUGCCAAAAGGAAAUGUGCUACGUUUGCACCCAGCGAGCAGAACGUAACGUGCCCGUGUACACGCGCAAAUUGGAGGAAGAGGAGGAUAAAAAGAUGGCAAAGAUCUUGCUCGAUGCGGAGCAGAAAUUGGCAGAGGAGUCUAUUCGGCUGGACAAAGUCAAAAUGCAAGAGCAGAGGCAAAUCAACAAAGAAUACUCGUCAUACAAUUUCGAAGAGGGACAGUUUGUCAACGAAAAGCGAAAGAUCGAAAACCAACAUCCACUUCCUCAUGCGAGUUAUGUGAUGCGAGAACGACCUCUCACGCCACACAAAUCAGUCGGCCACAAGCUCGUCGCUGGAGAACUAACCGGUCAGAUUAACUUGAGGGAAUCAAGGAAGAACAAAACACAGAAAGACAAGAAACUGAUCGAAAAAGUCUACCAACUGCAACUUGCUGAAGAAAUCGCAAGAGAAAGAGAAGAAUUCUGGCGAGAAAAGCAGGAAAACAAAAACAAGCUUCAUGCAACUUAUCAAUAUCAAAUUUCAACGAGAGAGCCACAACUUCCAAGAGCUUAUUCUGAUGGCAAAGUCUUUGGAAAACAUGAUCUCAACAAAGAAAAACUCGAGAAAAUCAAAGAAAGAAACCGUCUUUUCGCAAGUGAUAAUUUCAAUAUUCAUCAACGUCAUAUGACCGCGCGAAAAGCAUCUAUUGAUAGAAGCCGUCAAGCUGAAAUUAUGAUGCUCAAAAGAACCAAGACUGAUCUUGAAAAUGACACCCUUAGACGAGGAAAGCACAAAGUCAGCAUCAGAAAAGAUCUCGAAAAUAAUUGGGCCGAUUUGCAUAUGCAAAAGAGGGAGCGCGAGUUUGAAGAGAAAGUUGGAAUUCCUGAAAAGAUUACUGUUACCGAGCAGCUCGACCAUUACAGACGCUGUGGUCAGUGCAAAAGAGCACCUAACCAACGAGCUGGGCAAACAAACAUCUGGAAAGAGUCCUACUACGUCCCAGGCUCAAGAAUCGUCGUCUAG